CAAGAGGCGGCUGCCUUCACUCUCCCUCUCUCUCUCUCGGCCGAUUCUCCCGUCCUCUCUAGAACCAACCAAAAACCCUAACCCGCCAUCUUCUCACCUCGCCUCGCCUUUCUCUUCCAGAGAACAAAAAGAAACCCUAGCCUAAUCAAAACACGCCGCCGACAUCCUCCCAAUAGUCCAGAUCAGAGGUGAAUAAAGCGCCUCUUUCUCACCUCUUCCUCCUCGUCUUCAACCUCCACAAAAGCCUCCCUCUCUCCCUUUUCGAUUUGCCUAAAAGACCACUCACACUAGACGAAAUCAACCGAGAUGGCCUCGAUCUAGGUAAGAUCGAAACAUGCACUGUCUUUUUAUUUGUUUUAGGCGAUUUUUAUUGUGCUUCGGCUAAUUUUUCUUUCGUUUUCCUUUUUUUUUCGGAAAUCGACUCGAACCAAAGCGGGACUCUCGCCUGUUCGCCUAGUAUCUCAACCUGACCUUCUUCACCAAAACGAUGGCGACGAGGGGUGACUCUUACCCUCUGGCGAGGACGGCGUCUGAAAGGGGCCUACUGGCCUCGAACCUUACUGCGGAGACAAGACGGCGAACUCGCCGUCAUGAAUCCCCGUUUAAGGUUCUUGGUCUGGUUUUGGCCAAAAAUGAUGAUCAAUGGGGACCCAGACAGCCUCAAUUGGCAAGGCCUCCAAUUCUGAUUGGUGCCCAAAAGAAAAAGGAAGAAGUCUUUUUUAUUCAUUCUUAAUUCCUUGUCAAAUGUAAUAAUUAUUAGUUGUACAUUUGUACUUUGUAAUUAUGCAUGUAAUUAUUUUUGCGACUUGUAAUUAGAAUGAUCAUGUAUUUAUUGUAUGGCCCAACUAUUCAAUUGAUUGUUCCCACCCAAUUUGCUUACUUUUUCUCCAAUUGUGACCCAUAUCCCAACUUCUAAGUAAGUAGUUCCCAAUUAUGAACUUCGACCAAUAUUGACCAAUAUUAGUAAGUUUACUAUGGUCUUCCUAUCUCAUUUGACCAAUUUCAAACCUAUGUCAAUCAUACUAGUAUGAGUCGUGACGGCAUACUAUUGUUAUUCUAAAUAAAGCGAAUUUGGUAGC